GGCUGGGGGUGGUGGUUGGCACAGUGAAUUGUUUGGUUUCAAAGAGAAGGAAGAUUGCAUUGCCAACUGAAGAUGGCAAAAGGAGAUACUGGUGUGCGAUGCUUUCAGGGCUUGCUAAUUCUGGGAAAUGUUGUCAUAGGGUGUUGUGGCCUUGCGCUCAUGGCUGAAUGUAUAUACUUUGUGUCUGAUCAACACUCUCUAUAUCCAUUGCUGGAAGCUACGGACAAUGAUGAUAUCUAUGGUGCCGCCUGGAUUGGAAUCUUCACUGGUUUCUGUUUCUUUUGUCUAUCUGUUCUUGGUAUUGUUGGUGUCAUAAAAUCAAGCAGGACAAUGCUAUUAGUGUACAUCAUCCUGAUGAUGAUUGUCUUUGCCUUUGAAGUGGCGUCUAGCAUCACAGCAACAGUGCAUCGGGAUUUCCUUACAAAUGGACUUUUCUUGAAACAAAUGUUGGAAAAAUACCAGAAUCCAGACCCAAUCAACAAUGAUGACAAAUGGAAGAGUGAAGGUAUUACCCAGACAUGGAAUCGUCUCAUGUUGCAGAAUAAAUGCUGUGGUGUGAAUGGUCCAACAGACUGGCAAACAUAUACCUCCAUUUUUCGGUCGGUGAACAGUGACGCAGAUUUUCCCUGGCCACGACAGUGCUGUGUUAUGGAUCUCCUAGGAAAAGCAGUUGACUUGGAUGGCUGCAAAUUAGGGGUGCCUGGCUAUUACCAUAAGACAGGUUGCUUUGAAACUAUUACUGGCCCCAUGAACAGACACGCCUGGGGCGUUGCCUGGUUUGGAUUUGCCAUUCUGUGCUGGACUACUUGGGUCCUUCUUUGUACGAUGUUCUACUGGAGCAGAAUUGAAUAUUAAAGAUGCAAUGGCCUUGCAAUCUGUUCUUCCUGCUUUUUUCCAUAAAUCUACAUAGUCCCCCCCCCUCCUUCUGUUCAGUAUGAGCAUUUCUCAGAGACUACCUGGAUAAGUCCCUGAAGUUUUCUUGGCAAGGUUUUUCAGAAGUGAUUUGCCUUUGCCUCUUUUCCAGGGUUGAGAGAAAGUGACUGGCCCAGAGUCACCAACUGGCUUUGCACAAAGUGGGACUACAAUUCAUAGUCUUCACGUUGGUAGUCUGAUGCCUUAACUUGUACACUAAACUGGCACUCACAAAUAGUUCAUAGCUAUAUAAUUUCUCUCUGUGGAACUUCUCAAGAUGUCCCUUUAAUCUUUGCUUCUCUUCUCCCAUUGCCUUAAUUUCAGACAUUGUAGCUAUAGUAAUCAUAAGGUAGGAAACUGGACUAUUCUAGCUGUAACUAUUCUGUAACAAUCAAUACAUGUUAAGACAUAGCAAUAUAUGAGAAAAUGGAGGUAGAGACCCCGGUGCUCUCUUAUUUGUUUGUUUGUUUGCCAAUGUUUCAUUACUCCACUAGGUAACAUCAUCUGUCCCAAUGACUGUUAGAUUUGUUGCUCCCUGUUUAUAUACAGCACCUGGCUGUAUUAGUGAAGCUGUGCCUUUUUCUUUGGUAGUUACUCUGUUAGUUCCUUGAUUAGAUACAUAGAGAUAAAUCAUUUUUAUAUAUCAUUCAAAAGAAACGAUUAAAAAAACUAAGAAGGAAAUGAAAAGAUCAGAAUACAUCAUCUCUAGCAUCCAAAACCCAAUAAACAGUGAUUAAUACCAGACAAACAAUGAAGCAGAAAACCAUCUGUUCCUUCACUCAAGGAAAAAAACACAGCCCUACCAACACUGGCAGGACAAGCUACUGUAUAUAAACAGGGUGCAAACUUACACUUACACUGAUGGUGUUAUCUAUUUGACUAAUGAACCAACAGCAAGCAAGCAACCUGCCUAGAGAACACAAAGGACCUCACAGUUCAACCCUGAGCUACAUUUAUUCUUUUGUUGGAAAUGGCUUUUUUAAGAAAAUAAGAAAGUGUUGAAACAGUUGUUUGGAAUGAUUAUCUAGGGGUUUUUUUGCAGUAUUUUUUGGCUACCUCUGAUAUACACAUAUGAUCCUCAAUUUACCAAUGUUUGAUUUGAUUCCUAAGUUAUUUACGAUUUACGGUUAUUUCUUAAAAGAACCGAACAUAGACAAAGAUCUAUACUUGAAAACACGUUGAAUGCAAGAGAUACCUAACAUUUUCCUUGGAUCUUGAAUUAAAUAUAUUUUGUUGGAAUUCAAAAUGAAAUCAUUUUUAUUAUUUUAGUAUGAAUGACUAAUAUAUAGAUGGCCAGCCAAUUAUGCAAUUGAUCUUUUGUUAACACAUCAAACUGUAAGACAGUGUAUGCCUUGUACAGAGAAUUGUAAGAUGCAAAUGUUUUUCCAUGAAAUAUCAGCUC